CAAUCGCUUUAAGGAUUCUCCUCUCCCACUGGGGCUUCAAUUUCAUUACAGAGUUUCUUAAUCUAGGGUUCCAUCUCGGUAAUUAGUUUCAAUUUAUCUUAUUAUUGCUGGAACUAUAGAGUUUGAGUCUCUCGCAUCUACAGGAUCAACAUGGCAACAGCAUCAGUUGCAUUUAAGUCUAGGGAGGAUCAUAGGAAGCAAAUUGAAUUGGAAGAAGCUCGUAAAGCAGGGCUUGCGCCUGCUGAGGUGGAUGAGGAUGGAAAGGAGAUUAAUCCUCAUAUUCCCCAGUAUAUGUCUUCUGCUCCUUGGUAUCUUGAUAAUUCUCAGAAACCUAGCUUGAGACAUCAAAGGAAGUGGAAGUCAGAUCCAAAUUAUUCAAAAUCAUGGUAUGACAGAGGUGCAAAGGUUUAUCAAGCUGAAAAAUACAGGAAGGGUGCAUGCGAAAACUGUGGAGCCAUGACACAUGAUGCAAAGUCAUGCAUGGAAAGACCUCGGAAAGUGGGGGCAAAAUGGACUCAUAAACACAUUGCUCCAGAUGAAAAAAUAGAAUCAUUUGAGCUUGAUUAUGAUGGCAAGCGUGACCGAUGGAAUGGAUAUGAUACAUCAAAUUAUGCCCGUGUUGUUGAGAGAUAUGAAGCCCGAGAUGCAGCUCGAAGUAAGUUCCUGAAGGAACAACAGCUUAAGAAAUUGGAAGAGAAAAAUGGCAAACAAAAUGAUGAGGCUGUGGCUAGUGAUGAGGAGAACUAUGAAGAUGAGUUGCGGGUGGAUGAAGCCAAGGUUGAUGAGAGCAAACAAAUGGAUUUUGCAAAGGUAGAGAAGCGUGUACGAACAACUGGUGGUGGGAGCACAGGGACUGUCAGGAAUUUGCGUAUUCGGGAGGAUACAGCAAAAUAUCUUCUAAAUCUUGAUGUUAACUCUGCCCAUUAUGACCCUAAAACCCGGUCAAUGCGUGAGGAUCCUCUUCCAGAUGCAGAUCCAAAUGAGAAGUUCUAUGGGGGAGAUAACCAAUACAGAAAUAGUGGUCAAGCGAUGGAGUUCAAGCAGCUGAACAUCCACUCUUGGGAGGCAUUUGAAAAGGGACAAGAUAUCCACAUGCAAGCAGCUCCAUCUCAAGCAGAGUUACUAUAUAAGAACUAUAAGGUUAUAAAGGAGAAACUGAAGACCCAAACCAAGGACAUGAUCAUGGAGAAGUAUGGAAAUGCUGCCAGUGAAGAAGAACUCCCAAGAGAGCUUUUGCUAGGACAAAGUGAAAGACAAGUUGAAUAUGAUCGUGCUGGACGGAUCAUAAAGGGGCAGGAGACUGUGCUUCCAAAAAGCAAGUAUGAAGAAGAUGUUUACAUAAACAACCACACAAGUGUGUGGGGUUCAUGGUGGAAGGAUCAUCAAUGGGGCUACAAGUGCUGCAAGCAGACAAUUCGGAACAGCUAUUGUACAGGUGCUGCUGGAAUUAAAGCUGCUGAGGCUGCAACUGAUCUCAUGAAGGCUAAUAUUGCUCGCAAAGAGACCACUGAAGAGUUGCCUGCACCAGUGGAGGAGAAAAGGCUUGCUACCUGGGGAACUGAGGUUCCAGAUGAUUUGGUUUUGGAUGAGAAAUUGCUUGUUGAAGCUCUUAGAAAGGAGAAUGAGAGAAAGAAAGAAGAGAAAGACGAAAGGAAAAGGAAGUACAAUGUUACAUGGAAUGAUGAGGUUACCCCCGAAGAUAUGGAGGCAUAUAGGAUGACAAAAAUACAUCACGAUGAUCCAAUGAAGAACUUCCUCCACUAAGUUUGGAUGUAUGUGCCACGUAGAAUAACUCUGUCAACUUGCACAAUUAGCUGUGCUCUAGUUCCUUGCACAGCUAGCUGUGUGUCUGUUUGAGUUGAUUUGAAUGUUUGUCUAUUCAGGCAACGCUGCCUGGUUAUUGUGAACUAAUUCUUUGUGAUAUCUCCCAGGAAAGAGUUACGUGAUAGUUAUGCUGUCCAGCUUCCAUAUGUAUAAACUAGAAACCUCCCUAACGAUCGAAGUCCAGAUAUUAUUGCAAGUGCAUCAAGAUCAGUCUGCCCUUUUAAGCGAAGAGUUCAAGAACUGAAAAAAUGCUGAAUGUUUUUUAAAUGUGUGUAUCAAAAGUAGGAAUUGUCUUGUAAAUAUGUUUUUUUAUUGUUCUUUUCACUUUCCUAUGUGAAUGUCUGCAAAUGUGUUCGCUUCUUAUUAUAUAUUAACUUCGGAGCUC